AAAUUUACGCGUGGGAGUACAUAAAUAAACGAAGGGGAACCGAGGGGAACCGAGGGGAACAGGAAACCCUCCGGGUCCAUGAGUGUUGUUGGGGAUUUGGUUGGGCCUUUGCGCCCUAGCUACGACGGUCCGGUUGAUAAUGAGAAUAUCUAUCGCCGAAAUGGUGGUUGCGGGGUGGUGGCAGAGGACAAGUUUUACGUCUGGGGCGGAGAAGGAGCCGAGCAGCGUCUACUGGAUCCGGACAGCGAAGAGGAGGAGGAUUUUUCCGUGGCCCAGGUGGGCGGUAUCUGGUGUGUCACUGUCCUCCCUCCUCCGCGCGUCACCGACUACCCUUUCGACGUCUAUGACAUGCACGAAUGCACUUGGAGCCGACAGAAGACAACGGGAGAUGUCCCCCUUCUAGGCUUAGGGUCGUCUCUUAACCAUCAUGUGCAAUCUAGAACCAUGUACCUCUUUGGUGGAUGGAAUUAUGGCAACUUUGAUGCAGAAGUGUACCGAAUUGUUUUAGAUGAUUGGUGCUGGUUCAAAGUCGAGAUAACAAGCACGAUAAAGCCAAUGGGAAGAUACAUGACGGGAACCCUGAUCCACGAGGACAGACUUUGUACUCUGGGUGGGGCGGGACUGGACAUUACCCCGGAUAACGAAAGUAAUCCUCAAGACCCAGGUGCUCGCUACGAACAAACCUACUUCAAGGGUGCAGGAUUUGGACUGAAUAAUGAGUACUGGGAGUUUGACAUGAAUACUAAUGAGUGGAGUGUGCCCUUGGGGAAGUUUGCCCAGAGACCAGACCCUCUCAACUGUCACUGUUUUGUCAAGUUUGAUUCUUCCAGGGCCAUACUCUUUGGGGGCGGAUACAAGGGAGAGAAAAGAAAUGAAACCAGGAUUUUUAACCUCACGGAGAGAAAAUUCAGUGAACCUUUGAAAUUUUCGGAGCCUUGCCCUAUUGGACGAGCCUUUACAACCCUCACACCACUGAUUGACCCUUGCACUGUUAGACACAAACAAGGAAGUGGUCCUGUACCACGUCAGAUGAUGCUGUUACUCUGGGGAAAGAUUGACAACAUCCUGACAGACUCGUGGAUUCUUGAGGUGGACAUAGACAACGAAGAUGCCUCCUGGAUUCAGUUGGACAUCAACACCUAUGCCAGGGCAUGGCAUAUAGCUGGCCCUCUCUAUUACCCAAAUUCAAAUCAGUGCCGACUGGCAAUAUUCGGAGGGAAUGUUCAUUGGGAUGGGUUUGUAGGGAGGCGACGGAAUAUAGGAGAUGUGCGUAUGGUUCAGUUUGGAUGCUAUUUGUUUGUGAGUGACAGUGGAGAGCAGGCACUACUAAUGACAGGGGAGCUGGAACUCCACCUGUGGGAGCUGAGAGAUGGUCUCCACUCUGAGUGGUGGAGGUUGCCAGUUCCAGAUGAUGUCUCUCUUCCUCACACCUCCUCCAGAAACACUGCCAUCGACGCCACCUUCACUGUCCAUCAGGUGUUGGGAGAGUGCUGUGAGUGUGACAUUGUCUUCACAAACAAGAACACUGCUGAAACUACUGUAGCCAACCUACUCCUCACUUGGAACACGUCCCAGUCUCAUGUGUUCAAAACUGCAACCUCAAGUCCUUUAACAAACGAGCAAGUCUCUAGAAUCAAGAAGACAAACGAGUGUAGAGACCCAGCUCCAGAUACAGCUGCCAGAGGAAGUGCCUCGGCCUGUUUUAGUGGAGUGCAGGCUACCCCAGUCCCCUUCCCUGUGACUGUAGACUGGAAGUCAUGUGCAGUAUCAUCUCCAGACUCAUCGUCCCACCACUCACCAUGUGGUAGAGGUUGCUAUGUGGUAAAGUUGGCCCCAACAGCCAGAGUGGUUGCAGUGGCCGUCAACCACAACAUGGCUGCCGACACACACAUUUUGUUUAUGGAUCUCCUGAAUGAGGUGUCUCUCUCAAGUCCUGUCUACCUCAAGAGCAAUCGUGAAAUGACUGGAAGGACAUUCUGGGUGACCAGCUUGUCGUGGAGUGGAGAUGGACUCCUACUGGGGGCCAUGACCCACAGAGGCUGCCUCUUCCUCCUCCCUCGGUUUGGCCCUCCCCUCAGACUCAUUACCAGUGGGUGUGGUUUGGACUUGGGCCCCACCUACCUUCUACCACUUCAUCCACUCAUCACUGUCCAGUAG